GUCCAGUGCAGUGACUGGUUUGUGGCCACGGUGUUAUCAUGGAAGCGGCGGAAAAAUUCCACCAGUACGAGCGUUACUUGCGCACGCUCUGCAACGUGCUCGGGUUCGACGUGCUGCGCAAAGGGUGGAAGAAAACGUUUCGCACCUACGUGACGAUCUUUCUCUGCGGACAGUACUUCCUGUGGAUGGUGUGGUCGAUCAUCAUAGCGAGCGAUACGUUCGAGCUGCUGAAGUCGCUGUCGUUCAUCGGGUUCUUCUUCCAGUGUUCGUCCAAGAUGUACUACACGAUCGCGAACGCGGCCCAUUACUCGACCAACUUUGCUGGGCUGCAGGAAACGAUCUACACAGCCCACAUGGACGGUACGGAGGAGCAGAAAACGGUGAUCGAUCGUGUCAUUACGGUGGUGCUGCUGGCCACGAAAGCCACCACGGUCCUGUUCACCUCGUCCCUGUUUAUCUUCUCGCUCUAUCCGGCCUACAUGUACUUUGUGAUGAACGUGAAGGUGACGAUCUUUCCACUGUACAUACCGGGGAUAAACAUUUACUCGUCGUACGGGUACGGCAUUACGAACUCGCUGCACAUGUUGAUAGCGGUUUACGGUUUGCUCGGUGCCCUUACGUCUGACACGGCGUUUAUGCUGUUUGUGCUGCAUUUCAUUAGCUAUGUCGAACUGUUCCGAAUAGAGUGUGAACAGUUUGCGCGAGAUUUGGACGCGUUCGGUCAGCAGUGGGAGUAUCAUACGGUGGAGUACAAAACAUUCUGUCGCGAUUGGAUGCGAGCACUGUAUCAGUAUCAUCAGCAGGUUAUCGUCUACCUAAGUUCGCUGCAGGAGUGCUAUCACAGUAUCUGCGUGUAUCAGGUAGCUUCCUGCAGCUUUUCGAUCAUGUUCAAUCUGUUCCUGGCGUUAACGACUGACUGGUACGCUACGUACAGUUUUAUGGUUAUUUCCUGGUUUCAACUGUUUGUCUACUCGCUGCUUGGUACCGUUAUGCAAGUUAUGAACGACCGGUUGAACAGUUACAUCUCGAACCUGCCGUGGUAUUUGCUGCCGACCGACGAACAGCUGCGGUACAACUUUAUGCUCGGCCGCAGUCAACUGCCGGCCGAGAUGGUCAUCCGCAGCGUUGGCCCGAUGAACAUGGAAACGUUUACCGAUAUAAUGCAGAAAAUCUAUUCGGCCUUUACCAUGAUGUACAGCUUUCUGGUGGAUCUUGGUUAACGCUAUUCGACUCAAACAUCAUCAUCAUUCAAAUCCACCAGCUACAACGUGCGAUUAUCGUUGGAUUGUUUACAUCUUCAUAGGGAGGGGAUUUGUUUUUUAUUUUCUUACACACAUUCAAUCGAGUAUGACUAUACGCUUUUACGCUUACACGAAAGGUAAUUGAAAGUCGUUCAAAAUCACGCCCGUUGCUCAUUAUUCACCAACUCACUACAUCCAACACUUUUGCCGAUUUCCCGAUUUGACAGCUUCGCUUCUGCAACGACAACCGUUCUAGACGGCCUGCCAUUUCCGGCUGCUCAUUCGCUGCCGGCGCUCAUAUUUAUAACCAAUUUAACCUGUCAUAUUCAGUGAACGAUGACACAGGUAAUCACUGUGCAGCAGGUGUAGAGCAGCCACCAGAUGGUAAACAGCUCACCGCCACGGUAAGGCCACCGCACCCACGCUAUGGUUAGAAAAAAAAAUGUUUUUCGAACUUUGAGCACAAUUUUGAGCAUAAUAAUGAUAACAACAGUGGGAAGCAAAAAUUGUGAAAAGAGUAGGCAACUUACAGCAAAAAAAAGAAAAAUGGCUCAGGAAAUGGAAACUCUUAGCAGCAUGUGUAAACAAAGUGUUCUCCCGGGACGAUGCUGGGAGCGGAGGUGCAACGGGACGGGAAGAAAAAUUAAAAGUGAAAAAAUGUCAUAAACAGUGACGUCUUUUAUGUGCUACACGUCUGGCUGCUGAAAUCUUUCAACAGUUUGUGUAGCAUUUUUCCAAUUUUUACUUGCCGUGUGUUUUUCUCUUCUUUUACCUUUCAGCCGCAUUCAGGAGUUGCUUCAGCUCCGGCUCCGACUAAAUGGGGCGCGUGCGUUUUUCCGAGCCUUUUUUUUUGCUUCGCUUUUUCGCUUCCUCUUCUUCCUCUGUUGUGUGUGUUUGUUGCAAAAGACGGGUUUGGUGGGAGCAUUUGUUGCCACGAGCCAAAACUUUUCUUUUCCUUUCAUGUCGUACCUGUAAGUGAACAGGGCUGCUGCCUGUUAUCCUUUCAUUUCGCUCGCUAUUCUUGGGCUGCUGUGUUUUCCGUUUUUCUUUUUGCAGUUUUUUGUUGUUGCUGAUUCCUUUGGCCGCCCUGUUUUAGCGUUCGCUGCUAACCGUCGUUUUUCUUCCGUCGCUGGAAGGGAUCGGGAUGAUGUGAUGAUGUUCAAUCUUCCGCGCCCAACCCACGCGAUCCUUUCGCGCGGGCUCACACGCGUACGUGGAAAGCAAAAGCACCUUUUAGAUGUGUUUGAUAAAAUGAUAAAAAAGUGUAAUGAAGCGGGGGAGGAAAAAAAAAGAACUGCAAAACGCUUGCUUUGAAAAAUAAGAUCUGACCGACGCAGAUAGAAAGGCAGCCAUGAGGCGAUACUGUAGCGAGCCUAGAGGAGCGUUGAGCGGGAGCCAGCCAGCAGCACAGUUACGGGUACCACAUUAAAUAGCGUUCCUGAGGCAUAUUCUGCUGCUGCUGUUUUCUUUCUACAGCGGCACGUUUGAGCUUGUGUUUAGGUCGUUUAUCAACUGGCCUCCGUUUCCAUACCGGGCCAAGGGAUGAAAGGUAAAAGCAAAAUGGUCCGGUAAGCAAAAGGGGUUGCACAAAUGGCUGGCUGGCUGGUUGACGGGAAUGAAGGAAGAAGGAUGGUAAGAAUGAAAUUAAAAACCGGAACCGGAAAAUCCUAUUGCGGCGUGCAGCGUGUUUUCAUGGAACUUGUUCUAGUCAGCCGAGAUUUCCUGUCACUGGCGCUCAAUGCUACGGUUUAAUAUUCAUAAAGCGCGCACCCACACACACACAGAAAAAGAUCCAGGUGGAUAGCGUGUGCCAAGAAAGCGGCACGGGGAAAACACGAUCCCGAAGUAUAUCUCAGAUGCAACCGUAAUGCUAUUUUCGUGUGAACUUGUGAGAUAAAAUGGUGAACCGGAUGUACGGGGGUUAGGUUUUUGUUUAACUUUUGUUGGGUGCUGUUUGGAAUGCAAUAAAGUAAGUUUGUCUGAUGCCGUUGAAGUAA